UGAGAGCUCGUGCGCUCUUGAGUUUGACGUGUGUAACUGCACUUCCGGCGACCUCAGCGCUAGAAUGGCUGCAGUUUUUACGUGUUGUUUGGGCUGCUGCGGGGAUGGCGGACCGGGUCACGCUCCCCUCAAAGAUAUGCCCACCGUACAGCUAGACACGCAUCACAUGGGGACGGAUGUGGUCAUAGUGAAAAGUGGGAGGCGGAUCUGUGGAACUGGAGCCUGCCUCGCCAACGCCCCUCUACACCAGAACAAGAGCUAUUUUGAGUUCAAGAUCCAGUCCACGGGUGUUUGGGGGAUCGGUGUGGCCACUCAGAAGGUGAAUUUGAACCAGGUGCCACUGGGUCAAGACAGCCACAGUUUGGUACUUAGACAUGAUGGCUCCAUAUACCACAACAACGAGGAGAAGAACCGUUUACCUGCCAACAGCCUGCCUCAGGAGGGGGAUAUAGUGGGCCUGACCUAUGAUCAUGUGGAACUGAACCUGUACUUAAAUGGAAAGAGCAUGCACUGUCCAGCCUCAGGUAUUCGAGGGACUGUGUUCCCCAUAGUUUAUGUGGAUGACAGUGCCAUCAUAGACUGCCAGUUCAGUGAUUUCUACCAUACUCCACCUGAAGGCUUUGAAAAGAUUCUGUUUGAACAGCAGAUCUUUUGAAUCGUCAGCUACGUGUGCAGACACACAUAGUGUGAAGUUGAACUGUGUGUGGCAGUACGUGCUGCUUAUGUUCUCUUUCAAUGUUGCUUCUGCCUUUGCUGUUACUACUGCUGCUCUUGUCCAUUUGGAGGUCAAACCAGGCUUUAUUUCUAUGUGUGUGUGUGAGAGAGAGAGAGUUUGUACACGCACAAAUGAGAGCGAAUCUACAACACUUUACAUAAGCACUGAAGACACUUACUGAUAUCUACUUUCUGUAGUGGGCGAUAUUGAUAAACUGAGCUUAUACUUUUAUUUCAUGACAAUGCAAAUGAAUUAGCAGCUGAUCACUUUUUGUUCUUAUUUUGUAUGUUUAUUUGAUUUGAUUUAUGUAUAAAUUAUUGUUGACUUUCUCUAUCUACACAUAUCAGCUUUCUUGAAUGAACCAAUUGUAUUUGCACUAGUUAUGUGUGGUUGAAAAUCAAAACAAACCUCUCUUGUUAAAAUAUAUGAUCAGAAACAGUUCGAUAGGUUUUUGAUGCGUCUGUUACUGUCAUUUGCCUUUCAUCUGAACUAGGCGUGUGUGUUUUCUUCAUAUUGAUAGAUUGCUAACAAUAGCAAUUUUCAAUAUUUUCCACAGUGUAUUUUAUCACUUUACCUCUAUGAUCUCUAUUGCACUUAAUAUUAAAUAAGUGACUUUGGCUGGGCAGGCUCCAGAGUGAUAAAUAACCUCUACAAUGUUUAAGACUAGCAUGAA